CGCCAAAAAUUCCGCAUUAUCCAAGGUAUAUAAUUAAUAUACCUUGGCAUUAUCGAUUUUAUUUUCAGAUUUUUUGCCAGUCAAAACAAAUUAGCACGGAAAUACAACGCGUUAAAUAUUUCUAGCGAAAAUGUCCAAAAAACUUAACUCCAGUUUUGGCUCCAAAAGUGUGUCUUCACCCAAGAAUAACUUAUUUAAUUAUUUUUCUAAAUCGCCGGCGACUUUAGAAAAAAAGAAAAUUCCUGCAACCAACUCAACCUCCACCGUUAGCAAGGAACAACAGAAUGACCAUGAAAUAAAAGAAAAUUUAUUGAAUAAACAAAAUAAAGUAGCAUCCCCAAAGGAAAAAUUAUUACAACAAAAUAAAAUACAGGAUUCAGAUGAUGAAGAGGUUGGGGCAGUUACCAAAAAGAGAAGGCGUUUAGUGCUGCAAGACUCCGAUGAGGAAGAAAUGGAGGAGAAACAGCAGAAAAAAGAUAAAGAUGAUAGUGACUAUGAGCCCAGUAAAGAUGAGGAAAUGCCCUCGGCAGAUGAAGGGGAUACAAAGGAAUCUUCACCGGAAACUUCUCCAGAUAUCAAGAAGAAACAUAAGUCUAAGAAUGUACCUAAAUCAUCACCGGAAUCUUCUCCAGAUAACAAAAAGAAACAUCAGACUAACAUUGAACCUAAAUCCAAGAAAACAAAAUUGGAUAAUACCCUUACUGCCGGCAGUUUUAUGGAGAAGCUAGAACAAUUACAAUCUGGCAAUAAUGCCAAAACUUCCAAAAAGCUAGAGGAAAAAUGUGAAGAGGUUACAACUUCCAAUUUAGAUGAGCCAGUGAUAUGGCCCCAUCAGAAGCUGGAGUUUUUAAAACCCGAUAAAAUUAAAGAUAAAAAGGGACGUAGACCAGAUCAUCCAGAUUAUGAUCCAUCUACUUUGUAUGUACCUCCAAAGUUUUUGGACUCUUUGUCACCGGGUGUUCGCCAAUGGUGGGACCUAAAAUCCGAAAGUUUUGAUUGCGUUUUGUUCUUUAAAGUGGGCAAAUUCUAUGAAUUUUAUCACAUGGAUGCCGAUGUUGGUGUAAGUGAACUAGGCUUUACCUACAUGCGAGGCGAAUUUGCUCACUCGGGUUUCCCAGAGAUAUCCUUUGACAAAAUGGCCUCGGUAUUGGUAGAAAGGGGCUACAAAGUGGCUAGAGUUGAACAAACUGAAACGCCCGACAUGAUGACGGAAAGAUGUAAACGUAUUAAGCCCACCAAAUUUGAUAAAGUGGUGCGUAGAGAAAUUUGCCAAAUUACUAGUCGAGGAACACAAGUAUUUGGCAGUCAAUGCCAAAUCACUCCCAAUCAUCAACCCAACUAUAUGUUGGCUAUAGUGGAACAGCAGUUGUCAAAUUCUGGGGGCUGCAGUAAUUAUGGCAUUUGUUUUAUAGACACUUCCAUAGGUGACUGUUAUUUGGGUGAAUUUGAGGACGAUAAAAAUUGUUCUCGCAUACAUACACUGCUGUCUCAUAAUAUGCCCGUUUUAGUGGUAUUGGAAAAAUCUAAUAUACAGGAGAAAACACAAGAAAUAAUGCGUACGGUAUUAAGUAGUGUUCCUAAGGAAUUUAUGCCCAAUGCGGGAUCAUUACAAAGUACAGCGGAGAAAACCUUAAAAGAGUUGGCCGAACAGUAUUAUGGCGGAGGAAAUGCAGAUAAUUGGCCCAUGGUUUUGAAAACCAUGCAAGCAGAAUCUGAUCAUUUGGGCUUAACGCCACAUGCCAAUGCUAAACUAGUUUUGAAAGCUUUAGGUUUAUGCAUCAACUACAUGAAGAAAUGCCAUGUAGCCGAAAAAGUAUUACCCAUGGCCCGUUAUCAUCUCUACCAGCCACCCGAUACAUUGGCUAUGUUUGAAAUUCCCACCAAAGCUGCCUCUAAUCAAAGAGCUCACAUGGUCUUAGAUGCCACCACCUUAAUGAAUUUACGCAUUACCGGCGAAGAACAUUCUUUACAGUCGACUUUGGAUCAGUGCUGCACAAAGUUUGGUAAACGUUUGCUGCACUAUUGGUUGUGUGCUCCUUCGUGUGUUUUAACCACCAUUAAAGAAAGACAGCAAGCCGUAACAGACUUUCUUAAUAAUCCUUCUAUGCUACAAGACGCUAGAGCUUUAUUGGCUCCUUUGCCGGAUUUUGAAAGACAUUUGGCCCAGAUUCAUCAUUUUGGCAGUAAAAUCGUGCAGGAAAAUCAUCCAGAUGGUCGAGCUAUAUUUUUUGAAGAGAAAUCUUACAAUAAAAAGAAAAUGCAGAACUUUAUAUCCAUACUCAAAGGAUUUGAUUCUUUAAUAAAUAUUCCUACUAUGUUUGAACAAGCUGGCUCAAAAUUAAUCACACGUUUAACACAACAUAAAAACAAAGGCGGCAUAUUUCCAGACUUAACUAAAGAACUCAAUUUCUUUAAGCAAGCAUUUGAUCAUAACAAAGCUUCCGAAACUGGUGUUAUUGCACCAGAAAGUGGGGUCGAUGAAGAUUAUGAUACAGCUGAAGCAAAAAUCCAAAAAAUCAAUCAGCAAUUACAGGACUAUUUGGUGGAUCAAGAGAAAUAUUUCGGCUGUCGUAUAACCUACUUUGGCGCAGAUAAAAAACGUUUUCAGCUGGAGGUACCAGAGUCUCAUGCCCGCAAGGCAGACAGUAAAUAUUCCUUAGAGGGCCAGAAGAAAGGAGCAAAACCUACGCGUAAAUUUACCACAGAGGAGACCAGGAAUUUCCUUAAAAAAAUGCAAAUGGCUGAAUUAGAACGCAAUAACGUGUUAAAAGAUUUAGCUAGACGUAUAUUUGAGAAAUUCUCGCAACACUAUGACUUAUGGAAACAAUGUGUUGACUGUGUGGCCCAUUUGGAUGUAUUGGCCUCUUUAGCGGAAUAUGCUAGAACUCAGCAAGUGAUAUGCAUACCACAAGUGGAAGAUGUUGCAGUGGGCGAACAGGCUUUUAUAGAAAUAGAAGAUGGAUAUCAUCCCUGUGUUUCAGCCGACACCUACAUACCAAAUGGUGUGAUUUUGGGCUGUAACGACACACCACCUCUCUCCAUACUUACCGGUCCCAAUAUGGGUGGUAAAAGUACGCUAAUGCGUCAGGUAGGCCUAUUGGCGGUAAUGGCUCAAAUAGGUGCUCAUGUACCGGCUCAGUCCUGCCGUCUAUCCUUGGUAGAUCGCAUAUUUACCCGCCUGGGAGCUCAAGAUGAUAUUUUAUCGGGACAUUCUACAUUUUUGGUAGAAUUAAAUGAAACUUCAUUGAUUUUGAAACAUGCCACAGCCAAUAGUUUGGUAUUGCUAGAUGAAUUGGGACGCGGUACUGCUACUUAUGAUGGCACUGCCAUAGCUGCUUCUGUUGUCAACUUUUUGGCCGAUCUUAAAUGCAGAUCUUUAUUCUCUACUCAUUAUCAUAAUCUCAUAGAUUUCUUUCACAAAGACGAACGCAUUACUUUGGGUCAUAUGGCCUGCAUGGUGGAAAAUGAGGAUUGUGACGAUCCUACCCAAGAAACUGUUACGUUCUUGUAUAAGUAUUCAACUGGCGCUUGUCCAAAAUCCUAUGGCUUCAAUGCAGCCAAAUUGGCUGGCAUGCCGCAUAAUAUCAUUAAAAGAGCUUAUACGCUCUCCAAAAAAGUUGAAGCAAUUGCUUUAAAACGUAAAGUAGCAGCUAAAAUUGUUGCCGCCGCUACAAUCGGUUGUACCAAUGAAAUUCAGUGUGCGAAUUUGAAAAACUUAUUACUACAACUACAGCAAUGCCAAGUUAAAUAAACAGAACUAAAUUGCUUUAAAACGCUAAAAUUGUUACGAUGGGUGAAUUUCAAAAAUUUAUUACUUACAACUACAAAAAUGCCAAGUUAAAUAAACCGAACUAAAUUCUAUGUUUUAUUUUAUACACUACAAAAUAUGUAUUUUUUGUCCUAUUAUUAUUAAAACUAAGUUUGUUUUUGUUUUCUAUACGUAUACGUUAAUAAAUAUUCAGCAAAU